GGUGUGGACCCCCGGGGCGGCACUAAGGAAGAUUCUCCUCUUCCGACGAGCACCCCCCUCCCCCCGGCUCAAACCAACAUGGAUGGGUUCCAAACACGUGCCUUGAACUUGGCACUGGAGUUGGCCGAGCGCACUGUCCAUCAGUAUGGAGAACAUGGGCGUGUAGCCGCUUCUCCUCCUGUGCCUCCUGCGAGACCACGGUCACGCUUUCCCAUCCCCCGGCGUCCCCGUGAAGCCAGACGCCCAGACUCUCCUGAAACCCCUUCUCGCCACAACGUGGGUGGCAAGAGUGUUGGUCGAGGAUCUGAAGGACAAUCCAGAGGCACUGGCAAGGGCGGCGGCCAUGCCCACUACAAAGGCAACACGCGCGGUGACAACGGCAAAGGGAGCACCACCCGCCAGCACCGCGGCAAGGGCCCGGGCAGCCGAAAAGGUGUUGGAAAAGGGAAAGGACGAACGAGUGCAGCCGUUGGGCGUGGGCAUGCCCGACCCGUGACCCUCUUCACAAGCCAGCCCCGCAGGCCACCACCCCAACCUCCCGCUUCCCGGCCCACCCCUCCCAGCCAGCCCCCCCGGUCUUCCCCAGAGCCCGGCAGCACCCAAACACACCGGCGCCGAUUGCGCAGGGAGAGGCUGGCUAGUGCCUUGAUGCGCCCUGCCCGCGUCCUCCUGCCCCAGCAACUUCCGCCAGGUGUAUUUGUCUCCCCUUUGCCUGCUGACUUGUCGCAUGCUGCUGUGAAUGGGUUGCGGCAGGCUUUCUUCAAUGCCAGUGAGACCAUCGCUGGCUUGGAAGGUGAUGUCGAGGCAUUCCCCCUUGGACAGGGCGUCCAUCUCGUUCACAGGGCGUUGGGCAACAGAAAUAUCAGACAGGCAGUGGCAGCUGAGCUUGGGGAUUUCAUGAACACUCCCAUCGGUCAGCUGCGCAUCCAGAUUACAUCCAGGCCUGAAACACCUGCAGCGCUGGCAGACAUUCCUGGCUGCCCCUAUGGACGUGUCUUCGUGGCGUCAGGUGCUGAGGGAUCGACAGUUUGUAGUGUUUGCUUGGAAGAAGCUUAUCAGCCAGGACAAAUGCUGGUUCGCACGUAUUGUCUUCACGUCUUCCACUACGAAUGCCUUUCCCAGUGGAUUGACGAAGAUGACAGCUUGGCCUCGUCCUACUCUGUCUGCCGGCCCCUGUGUGGCUGUUCAGCCCCGGUGCGGCCUCUUGGCCCCAGUCCGGCCUUCAUUGCCUUCUGUUGCCGGCCCCUGUGCGGCCUCUUGGCCCCAGUGCGGCUUCCACCGUCUUCUGUUACCGGCCCCUGUGCGGCCCUCGGCCCCGGCGUGGACUUCCUCUUUUUCCGCUUCAAUCAGUACAACCUGCCCGGUCCUUUGAUAUGGAUUUCCUUGCUCCCAACCACCACGAUUCAGAGUCGGAUUCUGAAGCUGGACAAGUGUCAAGAGAAAAUCUUCAGGCUGGACGGACAGGGACAGAUGCCCGUUUUGUUGGCAGAUGGUUUUUCAGAUGCCGGAUUUACAGCCAUCUGCCAUGGGCCUCCUGAAGAGGGACUGGCCCCUCGUGGCGGGGCUGGUGUCGCUCUUGUAGUACGUCGUUCCAUCAUCUCCACUUGGUCUGAUAUCUCACGGGAUCGCUUAGGGCGUUGCAUUGCAAGCACUCUGUAUCUCUCCUCAGGUCUACCGCUCCGUGUCAUUGGGGUGUAUGCCAUUUCCGGAAGCAGCCUGCCGGGCUUUGACGGCAACGCUUUCCAAGUUGCUGCUGAAUCGCAACUAGUCCGUUUCAUUCAAGAGCAACUUCAAGCAGCUGACGUUCAAGGCAUGACAUGCCUGGUCCUGGGUGACCUCAACUCGGUCCAAUCACCCCAGAUUGACUGCUGGAGCACAACUCAUAUCAUGCGCCCCGCCUCCCUCGCUGCAAAGCUAUCGGAGUUUGACUGUGCAGAUGUAUUCCGUCUACGUCACCCAUCCCUCCGUGCCUUCACAUAUUUCUCUCAUGCAGGCACUGCGAGUCGCAUUGACGGCAUCUGGAUUCUGAACCCUGUGGGGCAUGCCCCCCUCCCCGUCAUCAACUCUGCUGUGCUUCUUGGGUGGCAUCGCCGGGUGGAUCAUGAGCCCGUGCUCGCAGAUUUCCUCACCUCCUUACCCGAAACCGAGGAUGUCGAAUCCCAACAUGCACCGCCUGCCUGGAAACGCCUCGUGCAAGCCAUGAACUCGUCCACCCCUUCUUUACAGCGCCAGGUUCUGGCUAAACUCCGACCCCAUGAGCUGCGCUUGCGACACCUUCAAAGAGAAAGUCUUCGUAUCUUUGCGGCUGUGCAACCCACGGAACUUUUUGCCCACAGAUUUGAAGGCAUGGACGGCGUCAAAGCACACCAAGCUGCAGAUUUUCGCACGGCUGAACUGGCACAGGAUCUCCAUUCCACGUUCGACGACCUCUUCCAUAUCCUGUGCGUCUGCCUCCCUGAAAUUCCCCCCCACUCCUCCCGUGCGCAUUGCUGGGCCACACAGGCCUGGGAGGAAUGCGUGCACCAUCUUCGCGUUCUGCGCAAUGUCUUCCUGGACAACAACCCUCCUGGCGACCUUGGGGAUGCGCUUCGCUCAGUCCAACCUUUUUGGACCAAAGCUCACAAGGCCGAAACGCGCCUCCUCCGUCAUGCGCCCUGCCACAAUGUCCCUCCGUGGGAUUCCUUCGAAGACAACAAACGUGAAUGGCUGAUAUCCCUCGGCUGGCGUGACCUAACUUACAGUGCUUUGCCUCCCCCACGUGAGCAGGUCCAGCCACCUGGAUUGACCACGUCAGGUCGCAUCAAAUCCUGGGCCCGUUUGAUGCGACCCAGGCUCGCUCCGGAUUCAGGUUAUGUGCCUUCCACAUUCACCUGUGCCGAUGGUACGGUUGUACGACCUCGGACUAAAGCAGAGGUGCUGGCAGGCGCUAUCCAGGAAUGGGCCCGCCUGCUCCACCACCCUCGCUCCCCAUGGGUCAGCCCAUAUGUCACGCAAUGGAGAGAUGCGACAGCUAUAUCUCGUGGAUCGCCGGCCUUCCUGUACCGUUCUGUGCAAGAUGCACCUGCCCUCCAUGACCGUCUUGCUGUGGCUUACUUUGGUCAUGGUCCUUGGGUCCAUGUCACAUGGAGCCGGGAUGAUGUUCGCAUUUGUGGGGGCUUCGCUAUCAGUAUUGGGACUUGGGUUCUCACACUUGAAUCUUCUGAUCCGGGCUGGAUCGUUGCGAGGCGACCGGCUCCAGUCUCCUCUGCCUCGUGGAUCGUUGUCAGUAUUUCAGACCGCCCUCCAUCGGAGUGCAGUCUUGAUUGGUGGCUGCAUCAAGAUCACGGCUGGCUCUUACUCCGCCAAGCCACUCGGCCUGACUACACGCCUGUACUCCCACUGACCCUUGCGGAGCGAACCCGCCUCGUCAGCCAAAUGCGAAAUUCACGUCCUGGCCCGUCCGGCUUCAAACUUCUGUUCCUGUCUCUGUUCCCCCCUUGGGUCGCAGAACUCUUCUGGGAACUUCUUGAUUGCCAGCGGCUGAGUGCCCUGGUGGCUCCUUCCCUCAAACGGGCGAUCCAAGUCCAUAUGCCCAAGCCUACCGGCGGGUAUCGGGCGCUUUCGAUGCUGGAGGAAGCUUUCAAGGCGUUGGAGGGGCCGGUCACCAAGCGCCUCCAACAGCAGCCAUCCUUCUUGAUAUCCUUUUCCAUCACCAACCAGGCAUAUGUGCCUGGAGUCAAUGCAGCUUCCGAAGUAUUACACACAGACGCGCUGCUUUGUGAGGAUGCCGUCCGUCAUGGCCGCUCCAUUUGCCGCAUCCCUUCUGAUUACGAAAAAAUUUUCAACACCCUUCUCCUUCCACAAAUUGAUGCAGUGCUCCAAGCCCGCGGUGUCCCAGACUGUGCGCGCAGAUUCUAUGCGUCAGCCUUCCAAGGGCAUACUCUCCAGCUCGAAACCAAAUUCGGCUUGACCGCAGACCUGGCCGUCCAACGGGGGGUCAUGCAAGGGGGUAUCUCUAGUCCGGCGCUGUCGCGCCCAGCCCAGGACCCGAUCCUGCGCCUCCGAGAAAGCAGUCCCGCGGCAUAUGUCACAUCCAGUGGGCGCAGGGUUGCUACUGUGGGUUACUCUGAUGACGCUGAGCACUACGGCUCGGGCAUUGCCGAUGUUCCAGUAAUUGUGUCUGAAUUGGGUCUCGGUAGUGUCCACACUGGCAUAGGCUUUGCUUGGGCGAAAUUUUCCGCCUUCGCAUCCGACUGGGAAGACAAUUGGGACAGUCUUGACCCGACUACUGGUCUCUCCUCCGACAGUGUCGCUGUGACGUCCUACGAUAUCUGGCAAGGUCGGCGUGGUCGCAACACUUUGAAUCGGACACUUCCCGGUUCAGUGGCCCUCCGCCGCCUUUCACAGCGGCGUUCAUCAUGGGAUGAGCGCUUGGCCUUUUUCCAAUGGAUAAUGCGCGGAGCCAUUGCGUAUGUCCCUCUUGUUGGUCUUCCUCCCCCGAUUGAGCUCCACAAAAUUGACGCGGCCUUCCAGCAUCUCCUUCUGGCAGGUCUGGGUGUCCGCUCCACUGUGGAGCGCAUGAGUCUGCUUGUGGCCGCAUCCAGCGGCGGCCUCCAAAUUCCCAGCGUCGUUGAAAGCGUGCUAGCGGCUGCUGCUUCGGAUCUGCUGCUCCUCCUCAGUGGUUACACAACGGCAUCCAUCCUUGCCCGGGAUGCGUUACGGGAGGUUCUCUUCCUCCCCGGAGCGGAAGCCGAGCAGGCUACUGGGUUGGUAGUGCAGGCCAUCCGUCUUUUGGCACACUACGGCAUCUACAUCAAUGUGCAAACAGACCGCUUUACAUCACGGGUUCUCGAUGGGCUGCCAGCACAGUCUGCCCACCUUCUGGUUGGUCCAUACAAGUCAACACCUCCCUCAGUCACAGUGGCUCGGGUUGGGUUCGUGGCCAAUACUUUCCGAUUGCUUUUCCAAUCAUGGGACAUGGAAGGGCGGCCAGCUCAUAGCUGGUCAGCCGUUGGAUUGUGGCAAGAGGUUCUACCACCUGCAUUCCCUUUCACACCUCUCCAAUGUUCUCGCGCUGUCGCGCAUGCGCAAGCUAUGGCACGGCGGGACUGGUCUACCGAGUGCUCCCUUUUCCGGCCAGGCUUCCCGCCCCCCCAGAUUCCUGAAGUAUGGCCAACCACUGCUUGGGAACAUCAAGCUUUGUCCGCCAGCCCACGUGCUGACUAUUUGGAUUCCUUCACACCAUUUCCCACGGGUGCGGACUUUGGCAUAUUCAGCGAUGGAGGAUUCUCUGGGGGCGAUAAAGCGUCCUUCAGUUGCCAAGCCCGCUCCUUUGGUGAUCCUCCCGGGUAUUGGGAUUCCAGCACUGUCAUGACAUCACCCAUAGUCAGUCGUCUUCCCACAGCCUAUGGGAACGCUGCCUGCGACAUCCACACCACCGAGCUGAUGGGCAUGAUUGCCGGCCUUCGAUAUGCGCAGCCCGGCAAUUGGAACCUGUAUGUUGGUGACCGAAGCUCCCUUUUCUCUCUUCUCCGCAGCCUUUCCGAUGCACACACUCCGCAGGGUGUCCUCCGCUCAGCCAACAUCCCGCUAGCCACCCGUGUGCAAACUACUCUCCAACGCCUCAAGAAAAGUUGGGCGUCUCCACCAACAGCGCUUCCGAGCUGGCGCCUCCACCAGAUUAUGUUCCCUGACCAGUGGAAUGUCCAAAAACUUGAAGCAGGGCGACAUGUCUGGUACAGUCAGAUUGCCUUCUGCGAAUUUGGUCUGGUAGGCACUUUUGCAUUCCUCAGCAUCCAACGUACCAUGGUCACCUCUCCUGCACGGGCGGCUGUUCGCGCCUUGCUUCGGCAGCAGGCCCUCUCCGAAUGGCAACGCCGUCCUGUUCAAGGUAAACUUGCUUCAUUGCAACAGCGAGUCUUCACUGCUUCCCUUGAUCCGCACUUCUAUACGUCAUGCUCAACGCUCCCUGCCUCAUCUAUUUUGCGUCUGGCGCAUGAUCCUCACACAGUUGACCUGUCGGCAACUAUUUUCCGCUGCGUUCGCCUCAUUGGUGGAGGAUGGACUGAGCAGCUCAAAGUUCAGCCUGAGUAUGCGCGUGUUGCGCAAUUUCUAUAUGAGCGAAAUCUCCUUGACACACCUCGCACAUGCCCCCUGUGUCGUCUCUCCCCGGGUACACCCCGACACACCACCAUGGAUUGUCCAGUGACGAAGCCAUUGGCAGAUGCUUUGCGCUCCAUCCUCGAGCAGCAUCUGCAAAAGCUAGAUGAGCGGGGCACGAUCUCAUCUGCUGCUCGUGCGUGGCAGCGUUCUCUCAGUCAGCAAGGCCAGGCUCAUCUGUUGCAGGAGCCAGACCCUGUAUCCGCCAGGCAGUGGCCUCUUCUCUCUGCUUGGAGGUGGCUCGUGCACAUUCCUUCUCGUCACGUUGAGCUUACCUCCGACGUGGCUGGACACAGUGCGUCGGCAGUCUUAGCCGAGGGAGAAAGUGAUCUGGCGCAUCGCGGCGUCCUCCCGAUGGAUCUUGGUAAUGCCAUACUACGGGCGGGCCGUUCUCUUGCUGAGUAUCAGGUCGCACCCUUGGAUGAUCUGGCCCCUGAGCAGUUUGCACACCUCUUGCAUCCUGACCAACUGGCAGACGAACUUGUCCAAGCAUCUGCGCGGAGAAUUCGUUUGAAACCAGUCCUCGACUUCACAACGCUUCUUUUGCACGGCCUUAGAGCCAUUCGCUAUCACUACGCCACUCGGAUGUCAUUCUUUAUCUCUUGUGUUAAGUUACAUAUGCACCAGCCAGAAGCUGUCCCUCAUCCUUUGGUUCCUGCUGCCCGGUCUCCCUCAGACAGGUUCUCAGCCUGGUGCUCCACUCCGGCUGGGCAGGGUGUCCUCCAACAACUGCGUUGGUUGGCACCUACUCAACCAAUCCUUGUCGCACGGCUCCAGGCUGAGCUAGGCACAGUGCCUCCUCUCCAGCCCUUUGGGUAUCACUCUCACAAUCUCGAGGAGUUCCUAUUCGCACGGGUACAUCCCUUAGUUGGGGUUUUCACCUGUCGUGGGAUGAUGCCAAAUCUCUUCUACACACCCGCUGCACCUGUGACCUGCUCCCUGGUCCUAUCCCAGCCCUUUGUCUCUGCCCCACCUGCGGGAAAGCGCAAAUUCAGUCCGCUUCCACCGAAACAUUGCCUUGUGUUUGGUGCGGUCAAACUGGUCCUUGUGUUUGCAUCAGCUGCCGGCGGACAAUUCACUUUCGUCCACACUGUGGCCGCUGGAACUGCGGGGCGCAUCAAGCAUAUGCCCCCACCCCAGACCACACCAUCUGCCUCUGCCCAGACCGUGCCCACUCCUGGAUGCACCUUGCAGCUUCCUCUCCAAUCCGUGUGCUCCGCCCCGCUGUUCCGCGAGAGCUCUGGCUCCACGUCUCCUCGCUUGCAAAUCGCGCACAG